GGAGAAAGCCAACCGUGUUCACCACACACUGAAUAUAUUUACUAAGCCAACUGAGAACCCUCCAGAUGGAGCAAGUUCAAUUCGAGGCUUAUGUGGUUCUCUGCCCGUCGAGCUCGAACCCGAAUGCCGUAAACUCUGGAGACGAAAAAGAUAGAGCUGAUGGGAAUACGGACCAGGGAGGAGUGGACUCACUACCUGAGCAUUUCAGAGGGUCGAAGAAAUUUAGAGGGCCACCUUUCAGCCGUCUUUUCACAGAAAUUAGCAAGGGAAACUAGUGGCGGCGUCUAUCACAUCUCCAAGUCCUCCUCAUUCCAAUUGCAAAUUCCAGCUGGUGUCUAUGUGUUGUUCCCAUUCCCAAGUGACAAAGUGUUCGAUGAAAUAAAAUCCUCGUGGUUCUUCCUGCCAAACGAAAGAAUGGCAUUUGGAGGUCAACACCGGAAAGGUGUAGGCUAUUCGUGUCCUCUUGAUGAGAGAUCGUUUGCUGAAACCUUGAGUCGGAAUGUUUCUGCAAGUUCCGAGGCAUCGGUUGAGACGUAUGAACAUAAGUUAGCACUGUUGUGAUGAAACGGCAACUCGAAGGUUGAGGAGUUCCGGCGGAUUUUUGGUCGAAGGAAGAGAUGGAGUUGUGAACUGUGUAGGUCACGAUGGAUGUUCUCGUAAAAAAUUGAGAACAUUCGUGAAUCCGCCAGCAUUCAAUCGUGUCGAGGAGAUACAGAUUCAAGUUUUCAUCUCUAUGUCGGUACAAUCUGGCUGCACAAUGGUUUUGGAUCUGUCACUGUCGAUGAGGUAGAAUUACAAUUCUCGCUGCAGCCCACGCCCGAUGUAUGGAAGAGAAGCAGAACGGGACAGGAGAUGAUUUUCUUACGAGAGAUCGGUUAGUCCCAGUCUGAUGUCUGCAGGUAUGUGUCUCCUCAGUUAAAGCACCGUGUUAUCCACAUGCUGGUCACUGGUUGACGUGUCUCGUAGCAAGCGGCUGCGAAGUGGAAGAGCGUUCAAUUGCAAGACACUGAGACUUUGGACGAUCUGGAAAAGUUAUUAAGCUUGUCUUUCAAAAAAGCUAGAAGGUCGAGAAGUCGAUGUAAAGACCGGGAAGGCUGUGAAGUGGCAGUGUCCAUGAAAUUCGAACUCGGAUUCCCCGAAUAUGAAGUGCGCUGGUACCGAAAGCUGCUACACGACGUAGUACCCUCCCUUCUACAAAAGUCCUAAGACCUCAGAUUCGAAAUACUUUCACUAUGAACUAAGAAUCAAAGUGCGUGUCCGGAUCGGUCGCCGCCAUGAUGAACACGCCGAGAGAAAUCGGCACGCUGCUCCCCAAGUAGGAAACAGGCACAUCGAAGCAUGUGAGACUUUGCGAGAAGCCUCAUGACAGCCUCGGAUCGUCAUUAGCAGCCGUGAAAAAAGUGGUCUUCGACAUUGGAUCCAAAGGGUGGAGAAGAAGAAGGCGACGCUGCCACGUCUCAUUUCUACUCCAUGCGCUCGUGGACUGGUGAGGAACAUGAAUUCCUCUAGUGACCUCUAAGUUACCGGGUAUGUGGGGCACUCCUGUAACUAGUUUAGAGGACCUCUAUUUUCCAGCACUGAGGUUUCUCUUCCCAUAUGGAUGCAGCUGUGGAAUGUUCAUGAGCAACUUGUGUACAGAGCAACGGGGACAGAGAGAUUUGGAGAGUGUUCCGAUUGAGCCAUGGCAUCAGCUGCCCUGUCUAUGCAAUUCUGGCGUUCUAGGGGUGCCCUGACGUCUUUUUUGGGACACAGAUUCGUCGGUGGAAUCUCGGCAACCGCGCCUCGUGCGGGAGAUGAGCAUCGUAGGAAUUGGUCUGCAGAGGGCCGAGCUUCGAUUCAUGGAGAGGCGGGGAAGGAUAAUGCAGCUGUUUGCCUGGUGCAGGGCGCCUCCCGUGGUCUCGGAUUAGAAUUUGUGAGUACAUCAAACGCAGUCGUGUGCUGAAAAUUUAUCAUUCCCGGUGUUCUCUUGAGCGUCUUGAGGUCGAAUUUCUCGACUUUACUUUGUGCCCCUCCUCAUUGCUUUGGACUUCGUAAAGAGUAUGGUUCUCCGUUGUGAGGUCUCCCCGUCUUAGACUUUCAUACGGCU